GACUAGUUCGUCCAUAGUACAGUGUUACAAGUUUUCCUUUGCGUUCAUUAAAAUGUAUGACGCACGUUCCCUAUGUAAACAUGCAAAGUUUAAUUAUGGAGAAGAAAAAAAAAAGACGCAGAUGUGGACUAUCCAACUAGAUAACAAAGGGAAGGAUACUAGUGUGUCUAUUAAUAAAGCUCUUUAUGUGUUUGUUCUAAAAAAGAUGGAUCUAUAAAACUAAAACACUUUUUUAAAAAUCUCAUUUACCGUGUCUAUCUAAUAAGCAUAAUAGUGUUAGUGUAGUGUCGUGUUCUGUGUCAGUGUAUCUGUAACCAUCAAGAGUAAUUUAGGUCACAAUUUAAGCUCUUCUGUACAAAGUACAUUUCCUGAAUACGCCUAUUCUUCAUCAUGGUUAUUUUGGAGUGUAUUUAUUGUAGAUUUACAUUAAAGUUCAUCAAAAGUUGUGGGUCUCUACGACAGAAACAAAUGGGACAGGCAAUGACUUCUGAAACCUUGAGCAUAUCUGGGGGAGAUGGCUACAGAUACUGGGUAGGACUAACAAUGAAACCUUUCAAAAGAGGCUGUAAGAAAACAAUGUAUAAGGGUGUUUUGCUGGGACAUGGUCCUCGGCAAUGGGAAAAGGUUGUAACCAAGGCAUUCACAGAUAUCCAAGGCACCAAAGAACUUUGGACUUUCGAGGUUCAGAAGUCUUAUCUGACCAAAAAGUUAGCUGCAGAGUUUAUUUUACAAUUUCCUGGAGAAUGCAAAAUAAGGGUUGUAGUACCUGGCAUUGUACAGAUGGACAAAGUUUCCAACUUAAACAAAUGGUUAGCUUCACGGAAAGGGAAGAGAAGUCUAGACCAAGAUGAAUGGAUAUCUAUAGAGGAACUUAUUCCUGGACACAUGGUGCGAUACUGUCCUUGGACAGCUGAACAUCACAAGGAAGAGCAUGCAGAUUCUAAACACUUACAAACAUUUUCUCACUUCACUUAUAAAUAUUCUGAUGGACAAUUCGUUGCAUGUGAUUUCCAAGGAGUGUGCCAGAACAGGGACUCAUUGCCCUACUAUAUCUUCACAGACUCCACUAUUCACUCACUUAACAAACGUUAUGGUCUAUUUGACAAAGGUGAAUAUGGGAUGACUGAGUUUUUCAAGCUUCACAAAUGCACUAAUAUCUGUAAGAAUUGGCCAAAGCCAACUCCACUGACACCACCACCACCAUUUUCUGUAGCUUGUGCACAGCGUUUUGAACAGAUGAUUCCCCCUUACUUUGAGAAUAUCAUUUUUCAAUCAAGCAGUGCUGCCAGCUUAGAUACGGAUGAUCCCUAUGCAACAGAUGGCUCAUCUUGCAGACCAGUAAGUGGCAUUAGAAGGAGACAUGCUAGUGACCAUCAGACCAGACAGCAAAGUAGGCCUACACAAAUUGCGGCAGAUUUAACCAAUGCAUCUUCACUACGGCAAAGACGCAGUAGCUAUUAUGAAAAUGUUCAGGGCUUGAACCAGGGUGAACCCUUACCACCUACCUAUGAGAGCCUUGGUGACAUUUCCACAGAAAAUGACUCAAUAAAACUGAACAAUAACCAUGCUGUCCUUACAGCCUCAAACAGCUGUCCUAUGCUUGACAUAAAUCACAGCACAAAUGUUAGGCCCCCCAUAGACCAGUGGGGGCGUAGCAGAACUUAUGAUGAACCUGACACAUUACAGACAUCUACCCCACUUUAUGACGAAGAAAGUAGACUUAGAAGUUGGAGUGAAAACACUCUCAAUAUGAAUCUCCUGCAGAGAAGAUUAGUUCACAACAUGCAUGCUAAUGGCAGGGAAAUGGACUCUGUAUUACCUCCUUUAAUGUUCUCUUCCAGAAAUACUACCGAUGCUCAAUUCACCAACAGAUGAAAACGUUUUUAUCCCUGUAGGAUCAAGAAACAUUCCUCAGUGUUUAAAUAAAGAGUCAUUAGUUUUGCUUACAUUAAAACACAUUUGUGUUAUAGACCUAAUGCUAACAUUGGCUAUGAACAAGAUUUUCUUGAGACUAAUUAAUGUUUUGAAAAUUUUAUAAAAAUCUGCAAAACAAAGAAACUCUUCUGCUCAAAAGAUGCAUACUCAGUCUUUUAAAAUAUUUUGUUUUCGUUUAUGAAGACCAUCAAAAUAAUGUUGAAUUAUUUAAAUGCAAUGUCCAUAUUAAAUUGAAUUAUGUAAAUGUCCAGUUAAGUUAACUGGGUUGGGAGAAGAGAUCAGAUGUUGUGACAAUGAUAUGGUCACAAAUGCAUUACUCUACAUUUUCAAGAUAAAACCGCUUUUCAUUAAAUUUGAAUAUGUUCUCAUA